CUGAGGGGGGCGGGAGUCGAGGAGAGAGAGUUUGAGGGGAAAUGUGAAGGAGGGACGUCCGAACCAGUGCUGAGGUCUCGUGGAGGACUAUGCACCGUCUCCUUAACUUAGUGCAGGCUGCACCAUCGCCGUUCACUCCUAUCAACCAUCAAAAGGUUCAAACGUCUUCUUUCGAUGUAUCAAGGUGUACCGCGCUCCGUUUUCAAGCACAAGGGAGCGGGUAUUUAGUGCGUGGACGUGGAGGGGUGAACAGAACGUACGUUAAAUAAAAAGCAGCAAAGAAAACCAGCGUUUCAAGAGUCAGAACCAAAAACGUGAAGGAACUAUGGAUCGGUAGUAUGAACUCACCAGACUCAGGAAGAGAGACCCUAUCUAUCACUCUGACCUCGUUUCGCCGCCUUUUCUGUGGAAUAAAAGCACUGUGACACCGAGGAAUCUACACCUUCUCUCAUUCUAUUUGAUCAGUUUCCCUGCACCACUGUUAGGGAUGGCCGGACCAGUUCCGUUUCUUCUGAUCUUGACGCUGACUUUGUUUGGAGAUGUUUGGAGCGCGUCUUAUCCUCAACGAUACAAUCUUUACGCGAACGCACAGUCUCAGACGCAAACUCCGAACGGGGCUCGAGCUGCCAGUAGGCACAGAAACUGGUGUGCGUAUGUCGUGACGAAGACGGUGAGCUGUGUGGUGGAGGACGGGGUGGAGACCUACGUGAAGCCCGACUAUCAGCCCUGCACUUGGGGUCAGGUGCAGUGCUCACGCGUGGUCAUGUACCGGACAUACAUGCGGCCCCGGUAUAAGGUGGCUUACAAAAUGGCCACUGAACUGGAGUGGAAGUGUUGCCAUGGUUACAGUGGUGACGAUUGUAAUGAUGGACCAUCCGGGAGUUCCGUCACUCAAAUUGGAACUGCGAGACCGUGGCCCAAACCGGUCAGGCCCGGCUCUGGUACUGGGCCAGGCACGGGUAGUGGAGGAAGAGGCGACAGCGACAAGUUCCGGCAGCUAGAGGAGAAAAUUCAGAGCUUAUCCAAAGACCUCCACAGUCUCCAGUCGACGCUGCGGGGCAUGAACGGGGGCAAGACCCCCGCCGACGCCGCUCAGCCGGAGAUGAAAGACACCAUCCACAGCAUCCAGACCAAGCUGGACCAGCUGGACAACAUGACCAAGGCCCACGACCGGACGCUGGUCAGCAUAAACAACCACCUCGUCAACGGCAAGGGCAGCGGGAACGACCUGGAUGUGAUUGGUGGCAGUGGGGGCGUUGGCGGCAGUAGCGGUGGUGGUGGCGGCGGCGGUGGCAGCAGCGGUGGCAGCAGCGGGAGCGGUGGCGGAGGCAGGCAGAACUCGCUGAAGGAGGAGAUCCUCCGGGAGCUGGAGCGGAGGGUGUCGCUGUCGUGCUCGUCCUGCCAGUCGGGCGUGGAGGACCUGAAGCGGCAGCAGCAGCAGGACCGGGAGAGGAUCCGCGCCCUGGAGAAACAGAUGAACGCCAUGGACCAGCGCCACCGGCAGAGCCUGGACGGCCUGCGGCGAGAACUGACCCGCACCCAAGGGUGCUGUGACACUGUGACGGAUCUCCGUGGAAGGGUUGGUGACAUAGACAGGAAAAUAAUCUCGACCUCCGGCACAGUAGAUGCUAUUCAGGAUCGACUGGACAAGGAGCUGAAAGGCACUGGUGGUAGCGGGGGAACUUCAGGUGGGGGGCGUUGGGGAGGGACAGGGACAGGUGGGACAGGUACAGGGACAGGUGGGGCGGGGACAGGCGCCGGUGGGGCAGACAGUUCACUCACAGGUCCCAUUCGAGACCUUGAGAGAAGGCUGAACAAUUCGCUGCAGAAGACGGAGGACAAUUGUGCUAACAUAGAAAAUGACCUAAGGGACUUCUUCAGACGAGAGCUGAGUGACAUUCGCCACGACUUCCUCAACCACUUCAGCGACCAAGGCUUCCUGAUCUCACGGGUGGAGCUGGACGUGACGGGCAUCAAGGACGACAUGCAGAACUACAACAAGCGUCUGUCUCGACUUGAGAACGCAACCAACCACAUGGACAAGAGGCUGAGGGACUGCACAGCAUCCUGUAGACCCGGCUCAAGCAACGUACCUGGACGAGGAGACAACGUACCUGGACGAGGAGACAACGGAGGACGAGGAGACAACGUACCUGGACGAGGAGACAACGGAGGACGAGGAGACAACGGAGGACGCGGGGACAACGGAGGACGUGGGGACAACGGAGGACUAGGAGACAACGGAGGACGCGGGGACAAUGGAGGACGCAUAGACAAUUUAGGGGGCUCUAAGUCUCUGGAGUGGAGAGUAAUUGCAAACGAGGCGGAAAUCAAGACCUUCAACACGCGUCUUAAGGACAUCUCUGUGUCCGGAGAUUCGCUCAACGACAGGGUGGUCGACCUGAGCCACGACGUCCGCAAGAUCAAAGCACUGACGGGAGACAACGGGGAGCACUUCAACAGGAUCGUCACCGAGCUCGAGAGCUGUGACAUUUGCCACAAGGUCGAGGACGAGCUGAAGAAGCUGAAGAAUAUUACAAACUAUUCUCUGGCCAAGUGCAACACGGACAUACGAGACAUCAGGAACAGAGUCGAAUCCGACGACACCUCUUGCUCCAAGGUGUGCUCCAACCUACAGGAAGAGGUGGGCAAGCUGAAAGAGGACGUGGCGAAAUGUAGUGGAUCAUGCAAGAUUGACCUGAUUCCUACAGGGACCGGAGCAGGACCGGGAACUGGGACAAGACCAGGGACAGGAGGAGGAGGAGGAGGAGGAGGAGGAGGAGGAGGAGGAGGAGGUCUAAUCGACCCACAGAAGCCACUGGACGGCCACAGUGUCAUCAGCGGUACGUCCAACGGGAACCUGAAGUCGCUUCAGGGAGAGCUGUCCGAGGUCAUUCUCACGUUCAGCUCCAUCAACGACACCCUGAAGGGCCUGGAGCACACCGUGCAAAAGCACGACAGCGUCAUCACCGACCUGGGCAACACCAAGGACAAGAUCAUCUCCGAGAUCGACAAGAUUCAGCAGGAGAUCACGGAGCACAUCGAGGACAGCAAAGGCCACUUCGACCAAGUCGACAAGGAGAUCCAGCACUUCGGGAACAACCUGGUGGUAGAGAGGGGCGACAGCAAGCGGACCAAAGACGACCUGGACAAGAGGCUGACGAAGCUGGAGGACGUCUGUGGCCGCUUCGACACUCUGUCCGACAACGUUCAGAAGAUCAAAGAGGGCCUGAACAAACACGUCUCUGGGCUCUGGACCUGUCUGAACGGACUCAACUCCACGGUGACCUCUCACGAAGGGUUCAUCGAAACCUUCCAGAACACACACCUAGACGACAUUCACGGCAAGAUUAAGAGCCUUAACUCCUCAGUGCUCCAUGUGCUCAAAGAGUUCCAUGUCUUCACUGAGCAGGACAUUAUGGGUCUGCCUGGCCCACCGGGCCCUCAGGGAGAGAGAGGCUUCCCGGGCCUGCCUGGACCCAGAGGACCGUCAGGAAGAGAAGGACCAGCAGGCAAGGCAGGGGUGGAGGGGCCCAAAGGACCUCCUGGCUUCCAAGGUGAACGAGGUGUGCCAGGAUUAGAUGCCAAUGUGCCACGCCUCUCCUUCUCCGCCGCGCUCACUAAGCCCAUGGCCAACUCGGGCACCAUAGUCUUCGACAAAGUCUUUGUCAAUGAAGGACAGAAAUACAAUCCACGCACUGGUGUGUUCACAGCUCCUUUAGACGGGCGAUACUUCUUCAGCGCCAUCCUGACCGGCCACAAGAACGUGAAGCUCGAGGCCGUCCUGUCCAAGUCCAACUACGGCAUGGCACGCGUCGACUCGGCCGGCUACCAGCCAGAAGGCCUGGAGAACAAACCGGUGGCCGACACGAAGCCGACGCCCGGGGCUCUGGCCGUCUUCAACAUCAUCCUGCCCCUGCAGACGGGGGACACCGUGUGCGUGGACCUGGUCAUGGGCAAGCUGGCCCAUUCCGUAGAGCCCCUGACCAUCUUCAGCGGCAUGCUCCUCUACGAAGACGUUUAAGAGUCGACCUGCAGGCGUAGCAGAGGACUCUGAGGCAGAUCUGGGCCGGGUGUGGACCGGAUGUGGGCCGGGUCAGUGGCAGAGCCAUCUGCUAUAUUAAUUAGAUGGACACUGAGAGACCUUGCGGACUCACACUGACAUUGUGAAAAUCAAACGAAACGACGGGGCCAGAAAAUGACGCAAAAAAGAGACACUUAGACCUUCUGGAGGACUGGAGACGCACCUCGCGGACGUGCAGCGCUCCUGCUUUCAAUUCCAAUCCCGCUGAUAUGAACUCAACUUCACAAAGACAGAAUAUAAUGUUUAAAGAUGAACAAAGAAAACUUGCCCUCGAUAUUGUAACCAUCCUAAAACGCGGAGAAGUGUGAUAACAGAUACUACUGCAGGAUUUAUUGUCAUGUUUUUGUUACUAUUGAUAAAAUGUAAAUCCCUUCCGACACGGUGAAGACAUUAUGAAUACUCAUCCUCUAUGCACCUAAAAGCUGACCGUGAGGUCACGUCGACUUCCUGCCAGAGAAGUUCGACUCAAAAUUUGUGUUCAAAAUGAAGCAGCCACUCGCUUAGCUGGGGUGAAAACAGGGACGAGGAUUUACUGUCUGUAUCUUUGCUUUGUUUUCGUUUGUUAGAUGCAAGCGGUUCACAUUUGUGAUGUGAAUGUUAUGAUUUCUGUGCACCUUCCUUCCUUCCUUCUCUCUCUCUCGUAGCAGGUAGUGCUGGCCCUGGCCUUGGCCCGCCUCUAACCAGGUGACUCUGGGCUCUGGAGGUAAAGUGUAGUUGAAGAUAGCGAAGGAUCUGUAGCACACACACACACUCACACACACACACUCACACACACACACUCAAACUCACACACACUCACACU